AUGCCCUUUGAUACAGUAGAGAGAUCAACAAAACGAAUUCGAGCAAAUGGAUUUGCCCAAGACGAUCAAGAUGAUUGGUACAUGCAAUCAUCAUCGUUUGAAGUGUUUAGUAUCGAUCAGCCGCCACAGCAACAGGCACAGCAACCACAGCACCUCCACCAGCAUCCACAUCCGUCACAGGAACAGGAGCAAGAUUGGUCCAAGUCUCACUAUUCUCAAUUUGAUACAAGCAGAUAUUUUCCAUACCAGUCGUCCAUUCUGUCUUCACCGACAUCCAUGGACUACUUGCUGCCAGCAACACCAUCUGCCACACCCAUUGAUAUUCCUUAUUCAGCAGGCGCCACCACCAACACAGAAUACCUAGAAUCGUCGAGUCUCGAUGACCACAUUUCACUGCAAUCCAACAGCUACUGGCAAGACGAUACUUACAGUGCGCAGUCAAUGCAGAGCCCCAUACACAGACCAUCCAUUGCAUCUACUGUCAACCACAAUUCACCGCCAAAAGUGCUUGCCGACUCGAUCCAUGCUGCUGGUCAUCUAGAGGCAUCACCUCAUCUCACUGAUGUAUUGUCAAAGAUCCAGUUUUCGUACAGCGAUGUCGGAAUUAACUUGGAAGCAAAGAUCUCGAAUGCAUCGGAAUUGCGCUCACUGAUUGAUGCGUUUAGCCAGAUGUGCUGCUCCUCCAACAUCAAUGCAUCCACAGCAGCACACGCCAGCAAUGCCACCAACAGCACUGCGAAUACCAGUGGGGAUAUUUCAAGCGCGGAUGUGUCACAAGAGCCUAAAUCAAGAGUAGUAGAUAAAAUGCUACUGUACAGAAACAAGAGUAACCAAACCAAGCCAGUCAACUUUUUCGCUUCCACUUGCAGACUUGGCCAAAUCAGUAAUCCACACUCUGAUUCAAUGACAAGCUUACAGCAGAUUGCAGAUGCCUGUGUCGACACCUAUUUCACCUGCUGGGUUCGCUUCAAGCCCAUCCUGCGCAAAGACCAAUUCAUGAUGUGGUAUAAGCAACAAGAUGCUCCCACGGAUACACUGAUUGUCAAUGCCAUUUGCUCCUAUGUGUUUCGCCACAUGGUCAUACACCACCCACGGCCAGGACUGAGCCACUUUCUGAAGGAUCAAGACAAAUUGCAAGAACAGGAAGAGUUUUUCUUUAGUCGUGCCAGAGAAUGUCUGUCGCAAUCGUUCGAUACGCCUGAUCGCUACACUGUGGCUGCGCUUCUGUUCAUGAGCUUGCGUGCUGAACCCUCCAAAAGACAUCACUAUGCCGGCUUGGCUGGCUCUGCUUUGCAUGAAUUGGACAUCUACCCUCGUAUGGUGAAUCAAGAUGUGGAUUCUUACGACAAGGAGAUGGAUACCAGGCUUUGGUGGUUUGCAUGGGCUGCUGACUUUUCACUGUACACGGCGGGCUCGCCCAAGAACACACCCCAACCCAAGUUUCCUGGUCAAGUGGAUCUGCCCCAAGUGUUUGAACAAGAUAUCGACGAAGGUGAAAUCGGCGUCAUUACAUUUGCACACUGCCUUACGCUGUGGCAAAUUCAGGCCGACAUUGUGGCUGCCCUGUAUGAACAGCAAAGCUCGGAAUUGACAGUGGAACAAUUGGCUGAAUACGACAAACGUUUGCUGGAUUUCCAUAGCGCCCUGCCUGAAUACCUGGUGUUUGACAGUGGGUUCGAGUAUGGAAGUGAAGAUCUGUUUCUGGCGUGCUUGAGGGUCAAUAUCGAGUACAAUGCCACGCGUAUCAUUUUGCACAAACUGUUCAUUCCAGAGAUGAAUGACACAAGGCCAAGCCGAGCUUCGUUGGAGUCGCUCAACAUCUGUUUGUCCACUGCAUUGUCCCAGCUCAGCGCCAUCAAGACCUGCAAUAUGGGCGAUGUGGGUCGUUGCGCCUUUGAUCGCGAUGAAUUAUGGCGUGCUGCUGAAGUGAUCUCUGUCACCAUGGACAUUUACGACACGUGUAUCUCUGCUGAUGAUCAAGCCAAGAUCCUGACCGGCAUCAAAAUGGAGGAUUUUUUAGUGGGCCUUCGUAAAUCAUACGACGUUUUGCAGAACACAAGAGAAUUCCGUUUUUCAUGCAAGAACUGGUUCCAAGUAGCAGACUGGAUCCAAGUAGAGAUCCGCAGACACCAGUUAGUCGGUAAUGCAACCCAUACAGCGAAACACAUUGACGAUGAGACACACAAAAAGAACAAGCCUGAUUAUUUUUUGGCUCAUCUCAAACCAAACGCCAUUCUCAAUGACCAUCAACCGCAUCCUCAUGAAGCAUCUCUCAUUAAACUAUCACCAUCAUCAUCAUCCUCAUUACUGUCAUCCAAAAAACCAUCCACAUCAUCAUCAUCUCUUCCACCAAAGACGUCAAAGCAGCAGCCUCGAAAGUCCAUCUCUUUUCAAAAUCAAUUCAGCGUGCAACAACUGCCCACAACCAGCAACAACAACAGCAGCAGGCAGCCAUCCGCACCACCACCACAACAAAACGCUGGUAUCAAUAGUCGAAAAUCAUCCUUCUCGACAGCUCCUCCAUUUGUACAAUUCAAUGCAUAUAUCCCGCCCGACCAGCAACAGCAGCAAGCGAAUGGCAAAAACCCUGCAAGAUUCCGUUACUUUAAUCCUCGCAAGAUGAACAAGUUUCUUUUCAUCGACGAGCAUCCCAUGAUGUAA